UGUCGUCUCGCCGCUCGCUCACUCUCUUUCAUUUGGGUUUAAGUGAUUAGGGCGCCGCUCGCUCGCUCCCUCGCUCCCCUGCCGCUCCGCCGCUCGCUCCCUCUUGUGCAGCGAAGAGAGGAAAGCCACCGACACCUCCCUCUCUCCACCUCCACCUCCAGCUCCACCUCAAUUUCUCCUUCUCCUUCUUCUUCUUCUUCUUCUUCUUCUUCUUCUUCUUCAAGCAGCAGCGAUGGUGAGGCUAACUGCGGACCUGAUCUGGAAGAGCCCGCACUUCUUCAACGCCAUCAAGGAGCGCGAGCUCGAUCUCCGUGGUAACAAGAUUGCUGUUAUAGAGAACUUGGGUGCCACCGAGGACCAGUUUGAUACCAUUGACCUCUCUGACAAUGAGAUUGUGAAGCUUGAAAACUUUCCUCACUUGAAUCGUCUUGGUACUCUGUUAAUCAAUAAUAACAGAAUCACUCGAAUCAAUCCCAACAUUGGAGAAUUCUUGCCAAAAUUGCAUACUCUGGUCCUUACAAACAAUCGCCUAGUGAACCUUGUGGAGAUUGAUCCCCUGGCAUCACUUAAGAACCUGCAAUUUCUCAGCUUACUGGACAACAAUAUCACGAAGAAACCAAACUAUCGACUGUAUGUGAUCCACAAACUGAAGCACUUGCGCUUGCUUGACUUCAAGAAAGUAAAGCAGAAGGAAAGGAUUGAAGCAGGAAAGCUAUUUGCAUCAAAAGAAGCAGAAGAGGAGGCUAAAAAGGUAUCCACGAAAACAUUUACCCCUGGAGAGGUUGUGGAUGUACCGGAUACUUCAAAAACUGAUCAGGGUCCCAAGGUUGUUGCUCCCACUCCUGAGCAGAUUACAGCCAUCAAGGCUGCGAUUGUUAAUUCUCAAACACUUGAAGAAGUCGCAAGGCUUGAAAAGGCUUUGAGUUCUGGUCAGAUUCCUGCUGAGUUUUUAAAUCCAAGCAAUGGUACUAACAUGACUUCCGGCAAUGAGAAAGCUGAAAAAAUGGACACAGAUGGUCAGAAUGAAGAUAGCGAUGCUCAAGAGCAAAAGCAAAAUGUAGAUGGUGAACCCAUUGAAGAGGAUUGAGAUUGUUACUUCAAUCAUAAUUUUCGGAUGGUUAUCCCUGCAUGUCGGUGCUCUGUUCUGAAAGGGGUUCAUACUGCUGAUCCGCCAUAGUCAGAAAAAUUGCCGGCAUAUUGUGUUUGCUGUGUUCUACAAUAUUUUUUUUUUCACCCCCUCCCCCCCCAACUUUCAGAGUGUGCCUCAUUAGUGCCAAUGUACCAACCCAAUAUAACUCUUCCUAAUCGAGGCAUCACCUUUUGAAAUUUAUCGUGCACUUCUAGAAGUAGAGGUUGACGAAUAUGCUCUCUACUAACAACAAUCAGUGUAUCCAAUGUUAGUGCCUGUCAUGAUUAUAGACAUCUGUAACUAUGAUGAGUUCUUUGUUCUUUAGGAAUGGAGUCAUUUUUGUGGGCUCCGUUGGAACUUUGCUUCAGGUGAAAA